GCCAGGGGUCGCUGUUUCUUUGGCAGGUCGUUGUCGUUUUCCGGUGACAGUCGAGAGAAUGAUAACAUCUGAUAUGGCCCUAACCCCGUUUAUGCUGAGAACAAAUAUCGACAAAAACUUAGCUAGCUUCCAUGCUAACGUCACUUCUGGACUUUUCCGUCUCGUAGUUUGACAGAUUUAGAACUUCUCGGGAUCCUGUGUUUGGGGAGUUAGUAAUUCAUGUGCCACUGGGAGCUCCAGCAGAAUGGCAGAUGACAAAGACGUGCUGAGGGAUGUCUGGUUCGGCCGUAUACCCACCUGCUUCACCCUUAACCCGGAUGAAGUCACUGAGAGAGAGGCAGAGCCAUACUAUCUGCUGUUGCCCAGGGUGAGUUACCUGCCUCUGGUCACAGACAAGGUGAAAAAACACUUCCUUAAAGUGAUGAGGACAGAAGAUGUGGAGGAGAUGUGGUUUGAGCAUGAAGGAACACCUCUCAAAUGGCACUACCCGAUUGGAGUUCUGUUCGACUUCCAUGCCUCAAACACGGUCUUACCCUGGAGCAUCACGGUGCACUUUAAGAAUUUUCCAGAUGUAGACCUCCUUCACUGCCCCACCAACUCCAUGGUAGAGGCCCACUUCAUGUCCAGCAUCAAGGAGGCCGAUGCCCUGAAGCACAAGAGUCAAGUGGUUAACGACAUGCAGAAGAAAGACCACAAACAGCUGUGGAUGGGCCUGCAGAACGAUAAGUUUGACCAGUUCUGGGCCAUGAACAGGAAGCUGAUGGAGUAUCCCACAGAGGAAGGCGGCUUCAGAUACAUUCCCUUCAGGAUAUACCAGACAACAAACGACAGACCGUUCAUCCAAAGACUGUUUCGGCCCGUUUCGACCGAAGGCAAUCCGCACACGCUGUUUGACCUGCUGAAGGAGAUGUGCCCAGAUGCUCUGACAAAAGAUGGCGAGGAAAAGCGUUUCCAGGUCGUGAUCCACGGAAUCGAACCUCUGCUGGAGACUCCUUUGCAGUGGCUCAGCGAACACCUCAGCCACCCGGACAACUUCCUCCACAUUUGCAUCAUCCCCGCUCCCACUGACUGAGGCUUCACAGCUCAGUCAGACCUACACAGGGUUGCUGCCCCUGGUGGAGACAGUCAUCUGAAAGUCUCCAACCAGAAGAGUCAGCCUUGAAGUUUGGACAUGAGGUAUUUAACAAACCUCCUUUCCCCCCCUGAGCUGCUGCUUUACCCCCUUCUGUCAAGACUACCGGUACUCCUCUCUGCUGCUCCAAAAACUCAUGAAAAGACAAAAUGAACUUCUUUAAGCAGAGAUGACAGAAUGAGAGGACCACCUCUUUCUCUUCUACCCCUCACCUUAUUCUUCCUCUAAACAAAGAAACCCUCACAGGUUGAAGGAAAUGGAAGGCUUUCUCUUCCCUGCUGAGCAUCUUCCUCCUGACCUUUUCAAAGAAGAUGAAGACUACUGCUUGUGAUGCAUUAAAUCCUGCUGACGUUGCCUUAGUUACUGCACACUUGCAUUCCGAUUUACAUCAACCACUGAGUUUAUACUGCAUCUCACAAAACUGUGUGAUUCCAUUAGCUGUAGCAUGAGUGUUAAAAUACUUUAUUUCUCUCAAAUUACCCUUUUUUUCAGCAUACCCAGAAAAUGAUUUGUUGUAUUCUAAAUAUUUGGAUUUCUCUUCAUAAACUUGAUUACAAGUGGUAAAUUGUGGUUUUAGUCUUAAUACGCUUCAGAAAACUGUUUGAUGUUGAACACAAUGUCCUUGAGUUUCUUUUUUCUUUUGGAAUUGUUCUUAAAUCGGUUACAUGACGCUCACAUGACAGUGUAAACCCAUGAGUAUUAAAAACAACACAAAAAUAAAUGAUAAGUGUUUGGCUUAUGGGCUAAAAGGGAGCUGCAGUUUUCUGUUUUGGAAAAAAACAAAUAAAGCAAACAUGGCGAAGAUUGAACCAAACUUCAAGCUGUUCCUCGGCUUAAACAUUUUUAAUGUGGGGAUUAUGGGAAACAAACAUGUUUCCAAACAGGUGUUGAUUUCUCUCCAUCUCUACAGCACCUCCAGCUGGUUUACUGUCUGCUUUUUGUGAGAUUUGGCUCCAACUUGUUUGUCUGAUGCCAAAUUGAAAUGAGCAUCUGCUUUUGAUUUAUCAGAGGGAAAAAAAGCUCAGCUAAGAUGAUGAGACUAUUAGCUUUAAUGCGCUGCAGCCCAGCUCUGCUCUUGCUGUGUACGCUUUUAUUUAAAGACCAACUCCGACCAUCUUUCGAUGUAUUGUAAAAACGUUCCCAGUGGUCUUUUAAUUAGGAUUAUGCCAUUUUUACCCAUAUAAAAAAGAAAACUGUCUUUUUUAGGGCUUAGUUUCUGCAGAGCGGCUGUAGUUCAUUAGAAAUUCGCCUCUGAGCGGGACUAUUGGCACAAAUUGGCCACGCCCCCCUCCCCCUUUGAAGCAGGCGGUUCAUUCUCUGUCGUAAUCAAGUCCUUUUUCAAACAGCAUUUUACCAUUUGCUCAUGAUUCACAGCUCAGAGAACUCUGAAUACUGAAUACUCAACUUAGAAUAGAUUCAAUACUCAAAAAUUAUCUUUAUUUAUGUCCUCUAUUCUCCAAAAAAUACCACAAGAGCUUGUUUAAAAACACCAAAAAUGGGAUUUUCAUUGGAGUGCGUCUUUAAGUUUGUGUUUUCCAAGAGAAAUAACACUUACCAUUAACAAAGUGAUGUUUAAGUGAUGAUUUUAUACAGUUUAGGCAUAACUUCAUUAACACAUUCAGGUGACCGUGUGAUGAUGUAAAAUGAGUUGAAGCGGUUGGUUCUGACAUGAAUAAAGUUUAAUAAAGUUUCUUCACACUUUCA